AUGAGGAGGCAACUUAGUGAAGUCGACAUGAGGAGGCUACUUAGUGAAGUCGAUGUGUCCUAUCGGAGGAGGCAGCAUAGUGUUUACAUAGUGGGUUAUUUCAAAGAGGACGGUUUUGGCCAGAUACCUCAACUAAACAACAAGACAAAGAAUCACAAUGAAAUG